AAGUUCGCCGACUAGCGCCUGCCGGGGGCGGGCGGCGCCUGCACGAGUCCACAGAGACCAGGACAAGCUCGGAGGCGCCCGGGGCUCGAGCACGAGGGCUGAGAGCCGGGAGGUCUGUGCGCCCCGCGAGCGCGCCCUCCCGCCGUGCGCGCAGGCCCGCGCCAUGCGCCCGGGGGGCGUGCGCAGCUUCGCGCUGGAGCUGGCGCGGGGCCCGGGCGGCGCGUACCGCGGCGGGGAGCGGCUGUGCGGCCGGGUGCUGCUGGAGGCGGCGGCGCCGCUGCGGGUGCGAGCGCUCGAGGUGGCGGCGCGCGGCGGGGCGGCAACGCACUGGCUCGAGGGCCGAAGCGUGGGUGUCAACGCGGUGUCCUGCGACUUCGCGGCCACCGAGACGUACCUGCGGCGGCGGCAGCUGCUGCUCCGAGACACCGGUGAGACCACGACGCUGCCUCCUGGGCGCCACGAGUUCCCAUUCAGCUUCCAGCUGCCCCCGACCCUGGUCACGUCGUUCGAGGGCAGACACGGCAGUGUCAGGUAUUGCAUUAAGGCCACCCUGCACCGGCCCUGGGUCCCUGCCCGCCGGGCAAGGAAGGUCUUUACUGUUAUCGAGCCUGUGGACAUCAACACGCCUGCCCUGCUGGCCCCUCAGGCAGGUGCCCGGGAGAAGGUGGCCCGAUCCUGGUACAGUAACCGAGGCCUCGUCUCCCUCUCGGCCAAGAUCGACAGAAAAGGCUACACCCCAGGCGAGGUGAUCGCCGUCUUCGCGGAGAUCGACAAUGGCUCCACGCGCCCGGUGCUGCCUCGGGCGGCCGUGGUGCAGACACAGACCUUCGUGGCCCGAGGCGCCCGCAAGCAGAAGCGGGCCGUGGUGGCCAGCCUCUCGGGCGAGCCCGUGGGCCCCGGGCGGCGGGCGCUGUGGCAGGGCCGGGCCCUGCGGAUCCCCCCGGUGGGCCCCUCCAUCCUGCACUGCCGCGUGCUCCACGUGGACUACAGCCUCAAGGUCUACGUGGACAUCCCGGGCACGUCCAAGCUGCUCCUGGAGCUGCCGCUGGUCAUCGGCACCAUCCCCUUGCACCCCUUCGGCAGCCGCUCGUCCAGCGUGGGCAGCCACGCCAGCUUCCUGCUGGACUGGGGGCUGGGGCCGCUGCCGGAGCGGCCUGAGGCCCCUCCCGAGUACUCGGAGGUGGUGGCAGACGAGGAGGUGGCAGCUGUGGGGCAGAGCCCCGUCCCACAACUGCAGGCCCCUGACACGAGCCUUGAAGGCCCGUUCUUCGCCUAUCUCCAGGAGUUCCGGUACCGCCCACCGCCCUUGUACUCUGAGGUGAGCUGGGGGUCCAAGGAGCCCCCAUGCCCUCCAGGCCCUGGAGCCAAGAGGGGGUGGGAGACACAGAGGAGUUUUAAAUGUGAACAGAAUUCGUGUCCAUUCGUUCAGGGCCCUCAGCCGCCCUGCACCCCGUCUGCGUCGAGUGUUUCCCCCAGGGCUGAACGAGGAUCCAAACCCACCCUCACAGGCCACGAGGCCACGCUGUGUGACCUGCUGAUAGGCAGGUAG